UGCCGGUGUCAGUCGCACCGCAGUCGCCGCGAGGGCCGCACGCGCGCACUCCGUUGGUUUUUCGAUAUUCUUCAUUUAAAAUCAUCAAAAUCAGUACAGUAAAAAUCACUCGAUAAAAUAAACCCAGUGUUGUUAAGUGUGUGUUGUGCACCACGUGUUAUCAGAUUAAACAAGGAUCAUUCAAAAUUUGUGUCGAGUAGUUUGAUUUCGGAUUAAAAUAUGACUUGAUUUAAAUUCAGUGUGUUUAGUGUUCAGUGAUUUUAAGUGUGGAAGCUAUAAAAAUCAAAAUGGAAGCCCUGGAGAGGAGGAGGGUGUUGGCAGCAAUCGUGCUGGUCAUCUUCUGGUCACAAUGCGCGCAGGGUCGGCAGAACAGCACGCGUAUGUCGUACGUGUGUCCGCCGCAGUUCGUGCGACUCGGCCACAGCUGCUACUACUUUAGCGACACCACUGCGACCUGGCAGUCUGCACUCUUUGCUUGCAAGGACCUCAACAGCAGCCUGUCGGUGCCGGCACGCUGGGAGGACCGCAACCUCCGCAACCAUCUCAACGACAACAACGCCCCAAAAGCCAGCCGAUGGAUCGGCGGCAUCUAUGACUAUGCUUCAAAAGCGUGGAAGUGGGGGGGAGAGCUGCGCAGGAUGCACUACCAGAGCUUCUCCAAGAUGCAGAAGCUGUCGCCAGAGCAGCUGCAGUUCCACUGUAUAGCCAUGGUGCCAGAGCUCCUUUACAGAUGGGCGCCUCGUAACUGCUUCGAGAAGCGCCAGUACAUCUGCCAGACCAAACUCAAGAAGGUGCCGAAGUCCAAGCUCAAGGAGAUACGCAGGCGAUACCAGAGGAUGGGGAAACUGAACGAGAUCACCGCUCCGAGCCUCAGCCGUGAGGAGGAUCCUCGCAUCAAUGACGUCACCAGUGAUCCCGAAAGCCUCAGGCCGAAAGCCUACGACCUACGGCCCCAGGACAGGCCGAAGCCGAACUUCCGCAACAAGCAGUACGACCUGAGGCCCAACGAGCUGAGGAAGAGAUCGCGCCCGCACGCCGAGCGCCGCCUCACCAGACCUUUCCCUGGUUACCGCUGGAACCGCCACGACCCGGAAGGCUCGUACCGCUACAACGAGGCAAUCCUUAAGUCCGGCCGCACCGGCCUCACCCCGCAGAAGGUGAAGGGUCUGCUGUCCCGCCUCCGUCACAUGCGAGACAGACAGAUAGCGAACCGCAGGCGACAGAAAGAGAGGGACGAUUGGCUGGAGAACGAACCCCGCGCACCGCCUAUGGUCCAGACCCACGUGAGGACUUAUACCCUGGAGAAUAACAUCAGCGCGCUCCAUCCGAAGACCAUUGUAGAGGAGUUCGACAUGAUGCCAGCACCGGUGGUUCUGCCGAGACCUACUAGGGGGAUCUGGUAAUACCAGAACUGCAGAUUUGCCAUUUAGUACCUUGGUGUCGCGACUAGGAUUUGGUGGUACUAAAAAUCGUGGAAAUUUCGUAGUAUCGUGCCCCCAGAGGAAUUGAUAUUUUGUUAGUAGAAAUAUGACGGAACUAUGUAAGUCGGUCAAAUUAUCCCAAGUCAAUGUACCGCUACCGAAUUUUGCCGGGUUAGGUCAGGUCUAGUUGACAGAUCAUCAUCUGUC